AGGAUUUCUAAUAUCGUCUGCUUGCGUCGGCCUUGACCAAAUUCCGAUGUGUUUUUCUAAUUAAAAACAGUGAUCGUUGAUAUCAUGAAUUCAAGAAAUGUGUGUCAUUCGUUGGCUAUAGCUUUGCGUUUCAGUACCACCAAAUUAAAUAGGUCAGGAUGGAAUCCAAGCCGAAAAUGUCAUUCGAUCAGCAAUAUAUCUGGCCAGUUGGGUGGACAGCUUUCCUAUGUCCAGCGAAUGAAAAUGUUGCAAAAUCUGCGGGAGAAAACGGGGAUAACAGAAGAAGUCGUAAGAAAAGGCAAAUGCUUGGUAUACUACAAAGGAGACCCAUUGCUAACAGAUAAUUUUAGCAUCGCUUGGAUGGAUUUCGAUGAUUUGCAAGUAGAGCCAAAGCUGUUCUUAGAAAAUGCAAUGCUACUGGGAAUGGCAGAGAAUGGACAGUUCCAGUUUGCUGCCCAAAUUGUUGGAUUUGGUAAAGAAUCUAAACAGGCUGUCUUAAGCAAAUCCCAAGGAUCUUUCACAGAUUUCCGCCUGAGCCUGAUGAUGAUGCCUACAUAUGAAGCCUCUCUUGCUUCUAAAGCAAAAGCUAUUUUCAAUUGGCAUAGAAGAAACACUCAUUGUGCUAAAUGUGGUAGUCCAUCAGUAAGGAAUUCAACCGCUUCGUGUAGGACCUGCCACAAAUGUGAGGAAGUUUGGUAUCCUACUUUAUCUCCUGUUGGUAUCGUGUUGGUAGCGGACAACACGAAGAGUAAUCUUCUUCUCGUCAGACAGGGACGCCAUCCUAAAGGGAUGUAUUCGUGUAUCGCCGGAUAUGUUGACUCUGGAGAGACAUUAGAGGAAGGUAUACGUAGAGAAGUAGCCGAAGAAGUCGGCCUCACCGUGCUGAGCGUAGAUUAUAAAGCGUCUCAGCAUUGGUCGUUCCCAACGAGCAAUCUAAUGAUUGGAUGCCAUGCAAUAGUCGACGGAAACGAAACCCUAGAUGUUGACACGUCGGAACUGGAGGAUGCGCGUUGGUUUUCGGUCGAAGAAGUCAGACAUUCUUUGGACUCUAUCAAAACCAAUCCGCUGGAAACCAUGACCGCCAUCAAAGAGGGAACAAACCAAUUUUUUGUUCCACCUCGUGGAACUUUAGCCCAUUCCUUGAUCGAUGCGUGGUUAAGCGGCUGAAAAACUAACGUCAUGUUUCGGGUGAACAGGUGCCGGAGCUAGAAAAGCGCGCUUACGUCGUAGACAGGACCGCAAACCACAAAAAUAGAGGAUCUCCAUUAAGCUCAAGAGGCUGAAACCCACUCCAAGGCCCAGUAAACCUCCAACAGCGGCUAAAAAAAAUCAAUUUUAGCACAAUUAUAUCACGAGAUACGUUAAUAUAACGCUG